AUCAUUUCCUUCUUUAAGUUCCUCAUGUGAAUGUGGUGAAACCUUGUUACAAGAAAUAUGAGUUCCAGUGAGCUUCAGUUGGUCAUGUCCAGCAUUUAUUGUUUUGGAUGCUGGGAACAUUCUUGAUGGUAGAAGUGUGCUUUGUAGUCGUUUACUGACUUUCUAUGCCUCCACAAAUGUUUUGACGAAGUUCUUUCUACCAUUUGUAGUGGUGAAAGUAUGGAGAAUGCAUUACGUGCAUGUUGCAAAGGAAUAAAAAUUGGAAAAAUUCUGAUUCACCGUGAUGGAGAUAAUGGGAAACAGCUCAUAUAUGAGAAACUUCCUAAGGACAUUUCAGAACGGCAUGUCCUGCUUCUGGACCCAGUUCUUGCUACAGGGAAUUCUGCUGGCCAAGCAAUUGAACUACUCAUUCAGAAAGGAGUUCCAGAAUCUCAUAUAAUAUUCCUAAACCUCAUCUCUGCGCCUGAGGGAAUCCAUUGUGUUUGCAAACGGUUCCCAUCCCUUAAAAUUGUGACUUCAGAGAUUGAUGUUGCAUUGAAUGAAGAGUUCAGGGUGAUACCAGGCAUGGGGGAGUUUGGUGACCGGUACUUUGGCACUGACGACUGAUGAUAUGACGGUGUGGAUUUCAAAGGAAUCUGGUUGUAUGAAUUGUUUUAACUAUAUAUAACUGGAUGGAGGAACAUGUCUGCGAAAUGAAGUGUUCCCCCCAAAAGCUUUGUCAGGCGUUCAGAAAAUAUGAAUAAGAAUAUUGAAGCAAACAAAUUGAGUUGGAGAUGGUUGCUAUUAAUGGUUUCUCCUGCAAUGAGAUGGUAGCGGAUGCAACCAACACAUCUUUAUUACAUGCCUGAAUACUAAAUGCAAUUUAUAAACCACAAUUGAAUUUUGUUGGUGCACCAUAUGAGAUGCCGAUUUGUUAUGGUUAUUGAUAUUCUUCUAUAAUACAUAUGGAGCUUAGGAUUUUUUUUA